CUUUUAUUAUGAAACAGAUUCACCGGAAGUAGCGCUCUUGUUUUUGACAAAAGUUGUUUUGAGGAAGUCGACGCUGUUGUGUAGUGAGGUUAUCCUUCAGACGCGACUUCAUUCAGCCGGGCAGCUGAAAGGAAAAGACAACUCGUGUCCGCCAAAAACACCUCAUAACCCCAAGAUGGCGCAGGAAAAUAUCUUCUUCUUCGUUCCCAAUUUGAUCGGUUACGCCCGUAUUGUCCUGGCCCUGCUGUCCUUCUACCUGAUGCCCUGCUGUCCGUGGCCUGCUGUCUUCUGCUACCUGCUCAGCGCCCUGCUGGACUCCUUCGACGGCCACGCGGCCCGCGCGCUCAAUCAGUCCACCAAGUUUGGCGCCAUGUUGGACAUGCUGACGGAUCGCUGUGCCACCAUGUGUCUGCUGGUCAACCUGUCCCUGCUGUACCCGUCCUACACCUUCCUGUUCCAGCUCAGCAUGUGUCUGGACAUCGCCAGCCACUGGCUGCACCUGCACAGCUCAACAGUUAAAGGAUCAGCGAGUCACAAGACCAUCGACCUGUCCGGUAACCCGGUCCUCCGAGUCUACUACACGUCCAAGUCGGUGCUGUUCGUGAUGUGUGCUGGGAACGAGCUCUUCUUCUGUCUGCUCUACGUUUUCCAUCACAUCGAGGAACCUGCAGCUUGGCUCUACUGGCUGCAGGGCCUCUGUGGGAUCAUCUGCCUGCUCAAGUCCGGCAUCAGCCUCCUGCACCUCGUCACCGCCUCGCAGAACAUGGCCGCCCUCGACGCCGCCGAGCGGGAGAGCAGCAGGAAGUCGCAGUGAGAGAGAGCAUCGACAGCAAAAACGCCGUGAUUUUAUUUCUGUUUGUUUUGAAGGGUAACUGUUCACUUUGUGCCCUCAAAUCAGAAGUGAAACGCAGCGAGGCCACUUCAGUUUCAUCACACGACAUCAGGAAGCAACACGCACGUUUUAUGACCAACGGUGACGACAUUAAAAUUCCAAAUUCCAAAGGUGGAUGACGACUUUCUGCAGACGAUUUCAGCACUUUGCACGUUUCAGAUUCCUUUCAGAAGCGCACGGCGUUGGCACAUGACGACUAAAAAAAGCACACGUGCUGUGACGUGAGACGUUUAGAUCUCACACGUCAGUCCGUGUUUUCACGUUCAUUUCUGCCCGCAGUUUGUCGCUUUCAUGUUUUAUCACAUUUGAGUCACGGGUUUGGGUUUCGUCCGUUUGUGCGACAUUAAAAUAUUUUCACUCAGUGGCGUCAGACGGACAAACCGGACUUCAUGUUAAUGUGGCUUUACAGUCAGGAGUUUCUUCACUGAGAUCAGAGGAAACGUCUGCUUUUUAUCAGACAUUAGUGAGGAGGCCAAAGCGCCCGCUGAUAACGAGGACGUCCUCCAUGUCUGAUCGCAGCCGUUUGACUUUGAUUACAGCUUCAGUGAUAAAAUUCCAGUCUGGCUCGAACCUUUCAGGGUCUUUUUGGACCCGUUAAGGUCCAGUCCAGACACUGUGUACACGUAGAAACCAUCUUGACUUCAGUCUGAUCUUGGUGAACUCUGGCUGGUGAAGCAGAAGAACCACCUUCAGACCUGCAGUCAGAUGGAUUCAUUUGUUCUUUCAGACAGACUGGACUUUUACGUGAGACCGCAGUGUAACGAAGACACAAACUGCAGCUGGAAGCGUUAACGACCGUCGCCUCGUGUUCUUCGUUCAUUCGAAGUGAAGCUGCGGAGUUUAGUGUUCACACUGAGCGCCUGUGAAAGGGAUCUGUAGGGCCCAGAAAACGUUUCCAUCAAUCAGGCUAACAUGAAUAAAGUCUGGGAAUGUGAAGCCAGAUUUCUCCUCGAUGGGCCUUGAAGAUCUAGUGUGUAGGACUUAGCGGCAUCUGGUGGUGAGGAGUCAGAUUGCAACCAGCUGUAGUCGUUGAAAACAUGGAAGUCGCCGUUUGGUUUGUCCCAUCUGGGCUGCUGACUCGGCCUGAGGGCCUGAUCCCCGUGUGGAUACAGAAGUCUCAUUCUUAGUUUUAGGUGGUUGAACAUAUAGAAAAUGUUAUUCUGGGUGUUUUAUUCCUGCAUCGUACACACUGGAGCUUUAAGGCCCUGAGCUGAUGAAAGCGGAACAGAAAGUCGUAUCAGAACUGAUCCUGAUCCUGAUCCUGUAGCCUCAUGUUGCACAUUCAAACAAACCGUAUUUGGAAACAUGGCAGCUGUUGUUGUGUCUCCUGCCGUUUCAGAACUGUAAGCGUGAAAUCCACCUUAAUUUUAUUCCUAAUUUGUUUUGUUUAAGCGUUCAUUUGUAGUUUACGACGCAGACCAAAAGCUGAAGCUUUCGUUCAGUUUCACACGACAUCCAUUUCCUGUUGUAGAACAAAUGUGUUUUGCUUUUAGAAAGCCGUUUGACUGCAGAGCACCUGUGGGGACUGGGACAGUUUAAAUAUUCCUUUUGCUGUUGUUAUUGUUGAGUUUUUUUAAAGGUUCCUGUGUAUAUUUCGGUGUUGAAACUGAUCAGUUAGUGCUCGUUUGACUUUUAUGAUGCUUUUCUUGUUUUGUGGUAGAAGGGACGACUUUCCUUUGGGUUCUGCUGUACUCAUAAGGUUGUGAGUUUACCUCAUGUGAAGAGCACCGAGUGUGACGCUUUGUGCUUCUGCGUGGUGCAUGUUAAAGUCACUGACAACACGUAUGUGCUGCUUAUGGGCUGCUGGGGUGUUUCAAUGCAGAAAGUACUGAAAAGACAAAAGUCGCCUCUUGUUUUUACUAGAAUGUAUUAUUGAAAAAUCUAAAUAUAUAUCGACAGUAAUGCCAAGUCCAAUGUUGUAUUUAAAAGACAUCACUUUCACUUGUUGUACUUAAUAUAUUUGAUGGGUAUUUUGUUUAGAGUGCAAGUGUUUAAAUGCAGCUGUGAAAUAAAGAAAAUGAAAACCAAA